AUGGUUAUUUGGGAUACAGAUACUGAUACAGGUGGCGUGGCGCUGCGCGACGUGCGCGUGUCGGUGCCGGCGGCCAUCCAGCGGGGCACGGCGGCGGUGCUGCGCUGCCGCUACGACCUGGAGGGCGACGCGCUCUACUCCGUCAAGUGGUACAAGGGCCGGCGCGAGUUCUUCCGCUACACGCCGCGCGAGAACCCCGCCAUCAAGGUCUUCCCCUUCGCCGGGCUCACCGUAGACAAGAGCCGCAGCAACGCGACGCAGAUCACGCUGCCGCGGGUGGACGUGGGGCUGAGCGGCCGCUACAGCUGCGAGGUGUCGGCCGACGCGCCCUCCUUCCACACCCACCUCGUCUCCGGCGAUAUGGCCGUAGUCGAGGUGCCAGACGACGUGCCGAGUAUCUCUGGUGUGAAGCCGCGAUACCGCACGGGCGACACGCUCAACGCCACGUGUUCCAGCACGUGGUCCCGCCCAGCCGCCACUCUCCUGUGGAUCGUCAACGAAGAGCCAGCGCAGGAGCAGCAGCUGAGGCCGUACCCGGCGGAGGUGGAACCCGGAGGCGGCGGGCGGGAGCGUGCGCGGCUGGGGCUGGUGCUGCCCCUGGAGGCGGCGGGCCGGUACCGCGUGCGCUGCGUGGCACGGCUGGACCCCGUGUACUUCAAGAGCGCCGAGACGAGCCUGGCGCCGCCGCCGCCGACGCGCCUCAGCUGGGGGCUGCUCGACGACGAGUACCCGCACAGUGAGUACACCCGGCAGCCUACCCCCCAAGCGCUGCACGCACAGUGA